AUAAAUAAGUGUGCUAGCUAAUGAUACUAUUAUAUUCAGAGAUUGUGUGAUUUUCGAUGAAGAAAGAAACUUGACUUGUUGGUAGAUUCCUUCACCAAUCAACAUUGGCGAUUGAUUCGAUUGAUCAUUCAAUUCAUACUGAGUUGUGGGAUCCCACAACAAACCUCCUGGCUUUUUCCAGUGGACAUUCCUUGCUGGGAUGUGUAUAAUUCUUCUUCCCACACCCUUCACAGACCCAUGCAUAGCUUCCUGUGGGCAAUUCCACAAUGGUCACACAAUUUUUGCAGGCCCAUUUCCCUCCUCGACCCUUGUACCUUCUUGGCAAGUGUGGCUCUGCCACAAUUCCUUGGUUCACCUCUUCAAUGGUGUCAUCCUUGUUGUCAUUUUCUACUCUUCGCAGGCAGGGAAACAUCUGUGGAGGAUCAACAAUAAGAGUCCGAUACUGGGCGGGAUGUUCGAUGGCGACAACGCCUCUGGAAUGUGGAAGUGUGGAAGUGGCGAGUUGUCGAUGACUGGUUGCGUGAGUGCAACCACUGGUACAGUAGUGACGGGAUUGGAGGGGCGAAGAGAAACCAGUGAGAUUUGACCGUUAUCUCGCGUUUAGCUCUAACCCUUUCGUAGUAUCUUUUGGAUCUUUCUCGCUCCUCUUUUGCAGUGCCGAGGCACAUCAACGGCCGUCUCAUCCACCUCAUUGUUUCAAUCAGUCUGCAGACAUCGCCUCGUCUUCAUCCAUCCCCUGAUCAAAGAUGUUUGCCCGCGGUUCCUCCAGAUUCGCCAACAUUGCGCGCUCCCGUCUCUCUGUUUCGGCAGCUCGUUCUCUCUCGACCAUUGCUCCUGCCGUGGCCAAAACCAAUACAGCUUGGCUCGCCGCUGGGGCCGCCACUGUGGCUGCAGUUGCUGCCGCCAGUCAAACAAGUGUUCAGUGCGAGGCUCUACCGGUCUGGGGCAAGGCAGGUACCAACCAGGAACGCACCUUCUUGGCGGUCAAACCCGAUGGCGUCCAACGAGGAUUGAUUGGGGACAUUAUCGCUCGAUUUGAAAAGCGUGGAUACAAAAUUGUCGGUUUGAAAAUGAUCUGGCCCACCGAGGAAAUGGCGGCAGCUCACUACGCCGAUCUCAGCAAAAAGCCCUUCUUCCCGGGUCUCGUCAAGUUCUUUAGUUCGGGACCCAUUGUGUGCUUGUGCAUUGAAGGAAAGGAUGUCAUCAAGCAAGGAAGGCAAAUGUUGGGAGAAACUCAACCCCUUGCUUCCAAGCCUGGAUCUAUUCGGGGUGAUUACUCCAUUGAUUUGGGGAGGAACAUUUGCCAUGGAUCCGAUUCUCCCGAGAGUGCUGCGCACGAGCUCAAGAUGUGGUUCCCCGAGGGAGUCAAUGACUGGAACAAGGCUGUGGACUCUUGGGUCUACGAGUAAACCAAGCACACGAAUAGCAAGGAUUCAUCCAUCUGCUGGAAACUACGAGUACAGUACCUAGUCAUGUGUCACAUCAUCGGGGGUUUUCUUCGAGCUUUGCAAUUUGCUUUUCGUUCCCGUGACCUAAAAGACAAAUAACUCUCAACGUAACGGGCUAAAUAGUCGUCUCCAUUCGUUCCACC